AUGGAUAAGAUCAAACACGGGAAUAAGAAGCAUUUAAAAUGCCUUUUUUAUCAUUUUUAUAGAGGGGGAUGGAUAAAGUGGGCAAAACAGACUCACAUUUUUCAAUCGAAAAGAUGGGUUCCUUUUUCGUCUCGACAAAGAAAGAAUCAUCUUGAAAACGCUCCUAACCCCUUCGUAGGGCCGUGUAUAGUAAGUGAUCCGAACCUGCCCGGAGCGAGCCCCCCCUUAGAGGCAAGUGAAGUUGGUGAGCCGUAUGAUGGGCAACUAUCUCCUGCGGUUCGGAGAGGACUCAGCUGUUAG